CGCGCAACCACUCCCUCCCUCCUUCCAUGGACUCCCUCCUCAAGGCGACGAGGGUCGCCAUGGUGUUCGCCGUCCUCGCCGCCACGGCGGAGGCGGGCCCCGGCUCCUACGUCCCCGCAAUCGCCACCGCCGACUUCCUCAUGUCGCCCGUCUUCCUGUGGGUGGCAGCCAACGCCAUCAUCGUCGCCAUCUGGCUCCUCUCGUCCUCCCACGGUGGUAGCACCAACGACGCCACCUCGUCCCCACCCGGCGACGACGGCGAGGCCGUGCAUGACGCCGCGGAUAGCCUCUACACGUCUUCGUCCGAGUACGAGUAUUUCUCCGACGCGGGCAGCGCCCGUCGCGCGGCCGACGCGCCGCCGGUGUCCAGGAGGCUGGCCCGGGAGGCCAGGAGAGCCGACCGCCCCCGCGUGCGCAAGAAACCGGCCGUCCAGGACGACGCGCCGGGCCCGAGGAGGGCUGUCGCGGCGGCGGCGGCACGCGAGCCCGACGACGAGAGACGCGGCGCGGAGACGCCUGUAGCCUUCGCCGCCGCCGCCGCCGACGGUGUCGACGGCGAGGGCGAGGACGAGGACGUCUCCAUGGACUCUCUGUGGCAGUCCAUCGUGCAGCGGCGCGCGGCGCGGCCGGUGGUCGUGCAGAAGAGCGAGUCGUGGGGCAACGACGAGCUGCCCCGUCUGCAGCGCGUGGCCAAGACGGCCGCUGAGACGCGCCGGGAGAUGCGCAAGUCCGUCUCGGCGGUCAGCAACACUGCUGCGGCAGCCCCGCAGCCUCCGUCGGCGCUCCGGCAGCUGGGGUGGCGCACGCGGGACGUGCUUGAGGCGAUCGCCCCGGACGAGCUGCUGCGGCGCGCCGAGAGCUUCAUCCGGCGGCAGCACGAGCACCUGCGCCUGCAGCGGCAGGAGUCCGAGCAGCGCCAGCUCCAGCUCCAGCGCCGCCUCCAGCAGGUCCCCGCCCUCAUCCGCGUCUAGCUAGACGGCGUGGUGCCGCGCCGGCAGGCCGGCCAGCGGCCUUACAGACACCGUACCCAUGCAUGCUUCAUCAACCGACGAUCGAUGCCCGUGGCGGCGCAAGGCCAUGUACAGAAGCCGUCUACGUGUGCCAGACUCAGGCAGAGGCCGCAGCUCCGGCACCAGCAUCGAUCGAGAGGCAAAGAGGCUGCAGCCUUUGGAUGAUCGAAUGGACAAGAUGGAAGAACUACUAGUUUAUGUGUACACGUAGGUUGGACCUUGCCAUGUUUGUGUGCGUCGGAGAACUCAUCAAGUUUCACCCAAUGUAGAUUACUUAAGGAGAUCACUAUGUGCAAGUAGGAUCAUAUGUUUGCAACUUUGCAUGCAAAAGUACCAUAAUCUCACUGUAAAUUAGUAUACAUAGCCUAUAAAUAAGUGUAGAGGUGUGCACACUGCACAAGAGUACCAUGCAUGUUUCUUUGUUCUUUGGUAUGCAUAUCGUUAUGGUUUUCAUCAUGUAUCAUGUAUGCUAACUUUUACCUGUUGAUGGCA